GCCACAUGACCUGUCAAGUAGGAAGUGGCUCGCGAGCACCAGGAGGCAGCGAGCAGAGACGUAAGACGAGUAGGAAGCUGUGAAAUCUCCGGAGUCAUUCUCGACGUUUCUCAGCGCAUUCGGUUUCCCGUCGCGAAAACAGAACCAUAAAUUGGCCGCAGUCAUGUAUUUUAAGGUCGUGGUUUUCGCUGUGGUUGUGGUUUUGUUCGGCACGUCGUCUACAAUAGAUACAGAUGAAUGUGCCACUCUGACUUGUGAAGCUUGUGAAGCUAAUCCCGACUGCCAGUGGUCCAAUUGCUCAUCAUCAACUGCCAGCUGUGUCAACAUGACUGUUAAGGCACCUAAUGUCACCUGCACCAAUGCUAGCUGCACUGGUAAGAUUAAUCAAGAAGUUACAACAGUCCAGCCUGUGUCUACUACGUCCCCUUCCCCUGUUGUCACCACCACGAGCACUAACGGCAGCACUGCUGAGCCCACCACAGGCACCGCAAACUCUUCCACUGUUAGUCCCAAUUCUACAACCACAACUACUACUGCAUCAUCCAAUACAACCACCACAACAGUUACCCCCAGCAGUCCCACCCCUCACAAGGAUGCAACUUUUGACGCUGCAAGCUUCAUUGGAGGAAUAGUGUUGGUCCUCGGAUUACAGGCAGUGAUCUUCUUCCUCUACAAAUUUUGCAAGUCCAAGGACCGCAACUACCACACUCUUUGAAACGGGCACGCUAUGGGGUCCACAUCAGUUGAAUUAGUCCGCUCUGCUAGACUGUUCCAAGAAGAAUCCCCACUUCACACACACUCAACACAAGCUCAAACAGCGUUUUCACGAUUUACUAGAUCUUCGAUUUUGUGCUGCCCGUGGCUUCGACCUGUAGGAGCGCUGUAUUAAGGCAUCCACCUGCAUGCCUUUAUGUACAAUAUGCACUUUGCACCAGUAGUACAUAUAAAUUCCCACUGAUACACCAUGCUCGCCUCCAUGAUGCGGCCACUUUCUUCCCCCCUCUUUGGCGAUAGAUUAAAGGCAUUUUCUGUAUUUGCAGCUUUUCUCUGCAUGACAUCUUCAGUAACAUACAACACCUGAUUUACAUAACCAGUUGCAUGUACAAAGUUGCUUUCCUGCUGAUGCUUGUGCCACAGUAAACCUUCAGCCUUCUAUUCACAGCAAUUUGGCACUUUUUGAAAACACUGUUUGAGCCCAGUACUAUUUUUAAACGUGGUGAUUGCGAUGAUUCAGUAUUGCUUUUAGCCUGUUCAGUCAUGGGUUGCUUUCCUCACCCCCAUACAGCUGUAUCAUAAUGUACUUACUGUGUUUAUAGAUGAAUUUAAAGGUUGGGGGGGGGUUACUCACAAGUGAAUAAAAGCAACACUCAGCCAUCUGAUGUCAGGCAAACCAGUGGUAAUCCUUACAAUUGUAUUAUUUGAAGGGUCUCCCAGCCUUAAGGAGUGUUGUGCUUUUCUUUUAAGUUUAUGUUGUUGCAGGUGAAAAAAAAAGUUGUUGAGCUCAAUGCAAUAAAUUGUCCAAGUUCUGUUCACCCAACUGUUACUUCUGAUAUUUACUGAUGUGGGGAACUUGGCUUGCUAAUGUUUAGCAGACUCCAUUUCUAUUGAGUGAAUUUAAGUCUGUGAGUUGGGAAGUUGUUGAAUAUUCCUAAAAAGCAAUUGCUUUAAAAAUAUAGAAAACAUAAUUGGGGGGGGGGGAUCCACCUAGUUGAUAUGGAUGAUAAGAAGUGAAGUGCCUUUGAUGUCCAGCAUAAUUUGAAAAAGUGGAAUGAGUCACGUCUUUUGGUUGAGACCUGAUUGAUUUGAUUGUCGUUGGUUUGUAGGUUGAUUUUGUUGAACAAAUUAUCAUAGCUGGAUUGGAGGGUGUUUUUGGUUGAAGAAUACAGCAGAGGGUGUUGGCUAUGAUGGACAUUUUCAUUUUCCACUAAAUAUAGAAAAUACUUUUUUUUUUUUCUCCAAUGUGAAUAUUGACGGUCUUCUCUGUGGCUAUAUUGUACAAAUGACUCAUUUAAAAAGGUAGUUGUAACGUGCGGGUUUUGUUCAGUUUCUCCCACCUCACUGUUGCCGUUUAAAGGCCGCGGUUGUAAAUUUUGUAUUUUUUUUUUUUAAUAAGAUGUGACAGAUGAACGUGCAAGUAGAAGAAAGGCAAAAAAAAAUAAAAAUAAUGGGCUUGAUUCGGUGUGGGGGUGUGCUGAGUAUUUCAGACAUUGGUGUUAAUUAAGAAUGUUGUGCUUGCAGUGUGAAUUAGCAACGACAUGAAGUUGAGCAGCUCUGGCCAUGUUGAAACUUGUCAAAUGCUGUAGUUAGCUUCCUGCUAACUGUUUCAUUUUGUGUGCGUGUUCCUCCUGUGUAUAUAUUUCUCUCUGGUGUUUUUGAUUAAUUUGUUAGAUUUGAACUUGAAAAUCCUGAAUGAAUCAUGUGUUUUGUUUUUUGUUUGUUUUUUAUUCAUUUUGUGUGUAGCUUUCAGUGUUAGCUUCUCCCUCCAUUGCAUACUGGAUGCUUGGCGUGAUUAUUUGGCGUUUCAUAUAUUCAUAAGCUUUAGAUGCAUUUUAAACCACUUUGUCUUUUGUCGCUCUGCCAUAUUCUAAUAUAUAAGAAUGCCUUGAAACAUUGUGCAUUAAACCAGUCGUCUGUUUUGGUGUGAAAUUGAGCAUUGCACUGAUGAGCUUUUGUAAUUUGGUCUGUUUUCCAUGAUUCAGGAAAAAAUGCUUGUAGAAAAACUAAAUGAUAAUAAUUGGCUAAACAUGUUUUAUUUAUAUGUCCACCAAUUGGAAUGGUGAAACUUUUUUGUGUGUGUUGGGGGGGGGGGGGGGGGGGUUGUCUUUGGAUUGCACAUGUUCUGUUGCUUACCAUUCACAAGCUUUUUUUUUUUCCUUUUUUUUUUUUUUUAAAGAAAUAAAUCAGUCACUUGGUGGCAUCAGGCUACAGCCCAAAGACCUAACUAGAGAGAACAGACUCCAGUUUUGCUCAAGCUGCACCCUCAUUUGUUCAUUCUCUGCAUGUGAAGGCCCCUUCAUCCAGUCAUGGAGCGAUAUAAUCCAGUUCUCUUCAUUUGCCACAUAAGCUGCAUUCCCUAAUAGUAUGGCAUCAUAUGUUGGCAUGCUGGUGUGUCAUAACACCACCGGUAUCCAUAGACACUGAUAGAUGUUUAUUGUCCUGCCUUUCUGCAGUGUAUCUGACAAGUUAGUCCCUGCACCUCUUUAAGAAAAGUGCCUUAUUCAGUUGAUAUCCAAAUAUAGUUACGGCUUGUAAAAUUGUAUGCCACACCUGUUUUAAUAUCGAAGGAACUCGGCACUUUUAGACACCUGUGAAGGGGUUAUCUGUGUUGGUCUGUUUAAAUGUCUGUUUUCUCACUAUCAGCCUUAACUUCUUAAUUAAACCCAUUGAAGACUCUCUGAAACCAGUUACCCAGACAAUUAUCAGGCUACCUUUUGUUUGAAUGGCUUUUCAACAGUAUUCGUAUGCUUAUCACACUGUAACUGUUGACACUUUGAACAGCUGAUUAACUGUUGCUGAUGAGCUUGUCAUCCAAAUGAAGCCUGCUUCUUGUCUACGCUUUUCAGCAACAUUUCAAACUCUGGUUGCUUUUACCACAGCUACAUUUUUCUGGCAUGCCCCCCUUAAAAAAAAAAAAGUACUGUAACAACAAGACUAACGCGACUGUUUUUGCUAAAACAUUUGGGUUUCUGAUCAAAAGUUGGACACGCAAAGAAUGUCCAGCAUUUCAGCUUUUAUUUCCUUGUAUGUGCAGCUAGAUACAUUAAACAGAAGUUGGACUACCCAGUUUUUGGUCAAGUAGGACAGCUUGAUAUGGGGGUGGUCAUGUCAUGGUUUUGCAUGGCUGCUUCUGGAUAGUUAGAAUUCUAAACUCUCACCUCUGCUUUGAGCUCAAAUGCAAAGUCUUUUAUUUAUUGCAAAAAUAAUAUAAGUGGUUUUACUAUUACAUUUCGUUCAGAGGGAACUGAUCAGGUUGCCUCAUAACUUGGUUUCUGGAUAGGAUGUUAUUUUCCAGAAAUUAAUGGAAUCCAGGUUUGGAGCAUAAUGGACAUUGCUAUACUGCCAUUGUGUAUGUGGGCCACCCUGAUCUCCCCCACAUUACAGAUUGUCAGUACUCGAAUGUAUCAUGUUGAUUGGUAUAAAUAGUAAGUUCCAAACCUGGUAAUGCUCAUUAAACUAUUAUAAUGGGUCCCCCCCCCCCCCCCCCCCCCCCCCCCCCCACAACUUCAGUUCCAAGGUACAUAUUUCUUGGAGAUGUCACCAGUUUUCAGUCUGACUGUUCACUUCCAAGACUAAGUUAAAAACAAAUUAUGAUUUCUUCUUUUGCCUUCUAUGUGCAAAUACCACAGUGCCGUAAUUUGAAACCUUCCAUCAUGUCAAUGGGAUUCUUUGACUUUGUUCAUAUCCUGCUCCAGCAGUUGCCACAGUACCAACCACAUUUUCUUUGUACUUGAUUUUUAUUGUUGUUUCAACCUCAAAUCUUUUUUGCUUUUUUUUUUCUGGUGUUCCCUUUAGUUUUACAAUGUAAAGCCAAUAAAGUUUGAAUAUUGUUAAACAA